GUUGCGGACCGAGGUGAGAUGGCGGCCACUGAGGGUGUCGGGGAGGCCGCGCAGGGCGGCGAGCCGGGUCAGCCGGAGCCGCCGCCGCCGCCGCCGCCGCCGCCGCCCCAGCAGCAGCAGCAGGAAGAUGCGAUGGCGGCCCAGGCCGGAGACGCAGUGGCGUCCGCCAUGGACGACGGGUUCCUGAGCCUGGACUCGCCCACCUACGUCCUGUACAGGGACAGAACAGAAUGGGCUGAUAUAGAUCCAGUGCCGCAGAAUGAUGGCCCCAAUCCAGUGGUCCAGAUCAUUUAUAGUGAAAAAUUUAGAGAUGUUUAUGAUUAUUUCCGGGCUGUUCUGCAGCGUGAUGAAAGAAGUGAACGAGCUUUCAAACUAACCAGAGAUGCUAUUGAGUUAAAUGCGGCCAAUUAUACGGUGUGGCAUUUUCGGAGAGUUCUCUUAAAGUCACUUCAAAAGGAUCUGCAUGAGGAAAUGAACUACAUCACUGCAAUAAUUGAGGAACAGCCCAAAAACUAUCAAGUUUGGCAUCACAGGCGAGUAUUAGUGGAAUGGCUAAAAGACCCAUCUCAGGAGCUUGAGUUUGUUGCUGAUAUUCUUAAUCAGGAUGCAAAGAAUUAUCAUGCCUGGCAACAUCGACAAUGGGUUAUUCAGGAAUUUAAACUUUGGGAUAAUGAGCUGCAGUAUGUAGACCAACUUCUUAAAGAGGAUGUGAGAAAUAACUCUGUCUGGAACCAAAGAUACUUCGUAAUUUCUAACACCACUGGCUACAAUGAUCAUGCUAUAUUGGAGAGAGAAGUCCAGUAUACUCUGGAAAUGAUCAAACUGGUGCCACAUAAUGAAAGUGCAUGGAACUAUUUGAAAGGGAUUUUGCAGGAUCGUGGUCUUUCCAAAUAUCCCAAUCUGUUAAAUCAAUUACUUGAUUUACAACCAAGUCACAGUUCCCCCUACCUAAUUGCCUUUCUUGUGGAUAUCUAUGAAGACAUGCUAGAAAACCAAUGUGAGAACAAGGAGGACAUUCUUAAUAAAGCAUUAGAGUUAUGUGAAAUCCUAGCUAAAGAAAAGGACACUAUAAGAAAGGAAUAUUGGAGAUACAUUGGAAGAUCCCUUCAAAGCAAACACAGUACAGAAAGCGACCCACCAGCAAAUGUACAGCAAUAACACCAUCUAGAAGAACUUGAUGGAAUGCUUUUAUUUUUUUAAGAGACUCUAAUGCAGCAGUUUAAAACUAAAGCGAUCAUUCCCUUUGCCUGUGGUGUAAAAUGUGCAUUGCACAGGUAUCGCUUUUUAACAAGAACUAGGUAUGAUGCUCCUUGGGUGCUGCUGCUAUUCAGACUAGCUCUAAGUAAUAUGAUUGUUUUACAGCAAAGUAAUUCGGAGGUGGGAGAAGAAACAGAAAGUCCCAUAAAGGAAGUUUUGUAGUCUUGUCAACAUUUAUCUAAUCCCUUAGCAUCAACUCCUCCCGAAACGGUAUAUGCGUCAGAAUUUGCAGCAUUAAUGAUUGCAGAUAACUUGUAUGUAAUGGAUAUGAGGUACCUUAGUUUCAGUUCAGGAAGUAGGGAAUGCAAUUGUUACAUUAGAGCUGCUGUGCCACGCUCACAGUAUCUUGCAAUCACUGUAACCAACUAAUGCCAAAAGAAUGGUUUUGUAAUAAAAUAUAGAUGUAUCCUAAAACAGUGCCACAGUAGUUUGAUUUUUUAAGUAGCAUUUAACUAUAUACAAGAGACGUUGUCUUGGCUUAGAAAAAUAAUUAAGGAAGAAAAUAUUGCUAUACAACUAGAGAAACCAGAAACAUGAUUAUGUUAAAGGAGAUGUUAUUAAAAUGUGAGUUGGUCAGUUCUUGACUACAAGCAACAAAAUCCACUCGGCGUAGUGUUAAACCCAAAGAGUUUAUUAAGUUAUAUAGAUAGCUCACAGAAUAAUUGCCUGAUCUUUCAGACACACAUCCCCAAACUACACUGCAGAUCUGGACCAUCAAGUUGCUGUUGCCAGUGCUGGGAUCAGGAGACUGCUGAAUGAGGCUGCCAGCCCCAGGGCUAUCCACCUCUGCCACUUUCCAGGCAAGCACACCUUCUUCCCUUCCCACGUGAGGCAGCUCCAAAUUGAAGGCCCACUUUAGUGGAAAGAACCUAAAUGACAUCUAAAACUCAACUGUAGAGGUAUCCGGGAAAUGCAGUUUUAUAGCUUUCCAGCCUCUACAAUUCAGGAAGACAAGGUAGAAAGGAGGUGAAGUGUUGAACAAGUUGGUUCUCUGUACCUGCACAUAAUUCAAUCUCACUUGAUAAAGAAUUUGUGUUCAGUGUUCAAAGCACCCAACUGCAACUAAAGAAAUUGUACAGAGUAGAAUAGUCAUCUCUUCUCAAGAACUUAGAAAAUAAUAUUUUAAUACUUCCUGGAGAAAAUAUAUUUGGGGGUGUUAUUUUUAACAUUUUACAUGUUUUUGUUUUAGGCUCCAAAAAUCUCUGAUUUUAUAUUUGAAAUUGUCACAAAGUGUCAUCCCUAUGUAGACAAUUUCAAAGGUGUCAUAGGGAACAAAAACUGCAUCGAGGGUUUUCAUAAGAUAGCAUUUACUUUCAGAUACUAUCUCAUCAGUGUCCCAAAUUGAUUGGAUUCAGGCCUGCUGACUCAGCAAAGCUCAUCAAGACUGUUUAAUAAAAAGCAUAAUAACAAUUUAUUAAUUUACAUUGAGAAAUGUAACUGAAGCAGACCAAACAGUUGCAUCAGCCUAGCCACUUGGCAUCUUCUCCCUGAAGUUUAGCUAGAUGGCUUUCAUUUAUCAAAAAGUUGCUUCGUGGGCCAGCCGUGGUGGCCUAGUGGUUCAGUUCAGCACACUCCGCUUCAGCGGCCCAGGUUCAAUUCCCGGGUGUGGACCACCACUCAUCUGUCAGUGGCCAUGCGGUGGUGGCAGCUGACAUACAAAAAGAGGAAGAUUGGCAACAGAUGUUAGCUCAGGGCUAAUCUUCCUCAGGAAAAAAAUAGGGUUGCUUAGUGAGCAUGGAAUCAGCUGAGGAGGCUCUGUGAUUUAAAUGAAUAAAUUUUAGGCUCUGAGAAUCCUAAUGAGGCCCAUCUCUUAUUGGACAACUGGAUACAUAGACCUGGAGCACACUCCUUUCACUGGACCAGCAAUUAACGUGGUCUGUGGAGGGGUCUGCUAGUUCAAAAGUCCUUGCCUAAUGUUGUCACUGUGUUGCCAUCUGCAUUGUUGGUGCAAAAACAAUGAUGGGUAAAUCUGCUGGUGCCUUAGCACAAGUCAAGGCAGUGGUACUUAGUAGUCACUGUGUUCUUCACUGCCGUGCGUUCACUGCAGAAAAUGUCCUUGAUGAAUCAGUAAUUCUAUAUUUUAUUCACAAUACUUGAUCUGUCUUUUCAAUAUUUUGUGUAACUGGGAGUAUGCAUAAAGCAUAUCUUUUCAGUUGUCUUGAAAAGCAUUUGUGAAGUGUAAGUUGUGGGCCAAACAGGCUGCUUUUAUGCAAUGCCAUUUUUACUUGAACAAACAACUGAUAAGCUGUAGUUACUCCUACUUGAAUGGCUGUCAUACUUUUUUCUCAAAAAUGAGUGAAGUGAAUUUGUCACUUCAAGGAAAACAACUACGUGUUUGUUGCAAAUGAUAAAAUGUGAGCUUUCAAGUGAAAAUUUUAAUCUACCACAGUGAGCUUGACAAUUUCCCAGUAUCUACAGUCCUUUCCAAUGAAAUCAAAGUUAUAAUAUUAAUGAAUACCACUUUUUGAUAGUGUUUAAUUAAGUGUGUCAACAAUUGGGAGAUCUGCAUAACUCAACCAGUGUUUUCCAAAUGACCAACUGUGAUGUCACCAUGCGCAGAUAAACAAUCCAUUGAAGUUACAAGAUGUAACAGAGUACAAAAAGUGUGUUGAUAGGGUUGCAGAUUCCACACUCUUUAGCCUGUGAGAAACUACCAUUUGUCAAAUUUUAGUGUAGUAUCACAGAAGAAUAUCCACAACUUCUGCAAAGGCUAUUCAGAUACUCCUUUUCCAACUAUAUAUCUGUGUGUAUGAGUGGACUUUGUUCAUAUACUUCAAUCUAAACACCAUAUUGCAACAGAUUGAAUGUAGAAAUAGAUAUGAGACUAAAUAUCUGCUAUUAAGUCAGAGUAAAGAGAUUUGCAAAAAUGUAAAACAAUGUCAUUUUUCUGUUUUUUUUUUAACUUGGAAAAUGUAAGUUUCAUAAAAGAUAUUUUUGUUAACAUGUGA